GGGCCUAUAUGUUUUUUUAAGUAUAACAUAAAAAGACAAAAUAAGUUCAAAUAGUUGUUAUGAGAAAAUCUCGUUCGUGAGUCAUUUACGCAAUAAGUCGGUGUAUCUCGUUUUGCAUUUGCAAGAUUACUAUUGACUCAUACUAAUCAGCUGUCUGAAGAGUGAAAAAUGAACAAAGUUUUGACACAGGAGAAUCUGAGGCAAGAGUUCAGGUGGUUGAUAAAAAAUGAGGUUCACAAAGUAUUCAACCAAUUAAAGGAGGUUCUCGAAGCUGCUGCCCGUCGUUAUCCUGUUGAAAUAGCAGAAGUUGAUACGCAAGUGAGGCAGGAAAAAUAUGUCAUGGCUACAUCAACACAAACGUCUCAGGAUCAGUUAAAAUGCAUUUUGACAAUAACUGGUGACAGCAUUACGUCAGCGGACAUGACAUUGAAACUUCAUAAGCAUCCAAAUGUAGUGUAUCAUACAACAAUUGCUGCAGAAUCUCCUUGGCGCCUCCAGCAAAUACAAGAUUCAGGAAACUAUUUAAGGAUGGCUUUGUCCAGUUUGUCCUUAAUACCUGAUGAGCUAGAAUAUUUAUCUGCUGAAGAAGUGUUGACUGACCUUGAUUUGGUCUUGGGAAAAAUUAAUCGCGCCCGCAGCACAUUGGCUAUUCCUCGAAAAAGGACGAUUGAUGAACUGAUGAAUAGUAAAAAUAUGAAAACUCUCACACCUGCUCUUCCAAGUGAUUUGGCUGUUAGUUUCUAUCUUCAAGCACAUAAGCUUAUUUUUGCAGUAUACCACCUUACCCAGGCAGGGGGUACUGUGAAGUUUGAAACACUGCAGUCAGAAAGCCCUGUUACUUGGCUGAAUGAAGUUCUUGUAUUGUUGAGUGUAGCGCUGCAGCGCGCCCAACAACUGCGAGACAAAGUAUCGGUUUUCUUGCAGUACCAAAUCCACAAUGUGUCGUCAGAGGCCACACCAGUACCAUUAUUCCAAUAAUUUAGUUUCACGAAUUCGUUUAUUUCAUCUUCCCGCUCCGUGUAUAGUAUUGUGUGCAUAGUUUUCGUUGCUGUACAACAAUACAGCAGUAGACA